GUAUCUGAGAAAACACCUGCCACACCUUGUCGAUAAACCGAAGACACUUUCACUGCUCAAAAGGACAAGCUAUGCCAAGUGACGAUGUUUUAGGCGUGGUGGUUAUCGGGGUGGGGAUCGCGGGAAGGGUUCGGAUCCGAGACCUUGGAGACACCGCAUUCCCGGAGCGAAAAUGGAACCUCAUUGGAUAUGUGUCCAGACGGACGUUGGAGAUAGCAGAUGCACACCAAAUCACGGAAGAGGAGGCCCUUACGAGGCCGGAUGUUGACGUCAUCGUUUUGUGCACGGAACCUCACGCCCACGAAAGUGUUAUAAGACGGGCCUUGGAGCACGGGAAGCACGUGCUAGUGGAGUUUCCGGUCGCUACGUCUGCCCGCGUCACCGAGGAGCUGUACACCCUUGCCGAACAAAAAGGCUUGAUUCUGCAUGAGGAGAACAUCGCCCUGUUGACGCCCUCCUUCCGGUUCCUGAACGAACGUCUGCAGGCCAUCGAGCUUCCUAUCACGUCCGCCGAGAUCCAUUUUACUGGAAGCUAUAAUGGUUGGACAGAGGAUUUUGAGAAGUCUGGAGGCCCCUUUUGUGCGAAUGUCAGCCUGUUACAAACCAUAUACGUGUUGCUAGGCAACUGCAGUCUCACAGCAACCGGAGGUCAACUUCAGGUCAACGAUGAUGGUUUCCUAGCAACGGCGAAACUCUCAUGCGAGAAGUGCAAAGACAUAACGAUCACAAUCAAGCGAACUCGCGAGAAGUCGGCUAGGAGCAAGGAGAUAAAGUUCGUUAUUGCGGAUGGGACCGUUGUCAAGGAUACACCCGAUAAGCCCCCACCCACACCGCCUUCUUCUCAAGCUCCUAGAAAACCAGGUUUGUUUAUGGAGGAUUGGCUAAAGUUCGUUGCGGCCGUGCGGGAAACUGGUGACCAUGCUGCCGGGGCCGCCCGUACGCGCCACUGCAUCAGGGUCGCCGACGCUCUACACGCCUUCAUGGGACUCCGCGGGGACGAGGCGCCUUCAUGACCAUCUGUGAGCGGCGGAAGGUCUGCGCGUACCGUCCAGACGAUAUUGACAGACACUAUGUGAGGAAAGGCGUCUUUGGUGUUGAAAUGUGUUAAUUUCGUCUUUUAUGGGGGUUUUUAUCAGCAUUUAAAACUCCUGAAUGUAUCAAAAAAGUAUCAGUAUGAAACUAUUAUGAAACAUAUACAGUACUUAACUAUUUCAUAUCAGCCCCGGAAAACUUUAAUGUUUAGUGUCUUAAAUUUGAUAAUAUAUGUAUUUAUUCAUUUAAUAUUUGAACGAUUUAACAAUCGGAUACCUGAUUCAUUUUGUUAAACAGCCGUUCGGUCGAUUUUCUCUUUCUCCUGAUAUUUGUACAAUUGAACUAUUUUUUACUACUUAAUAACAUCGUUCCGCUCUAAAACCAGAGGAGGUGUAACUCAAGGUGCUUAUGAUGAAAUAAACAUGAUUUUAUU